AUGAAGUUCACUACUGGCCUUUCUGUUUUAUUGUUCUUUGUAUUGCAAGUUUUUGCAGAAAAGUUGACCGAAUUAGUUGUUGGAGUGACCAAGGAGCCUGUUGAUUGUAAGAUCAAGGCAUCUAAGGGUGAUGUUGUCUCUGUGCACUACACUGGUAAAUUGAGGGACUCUGGUGAGAUUUUUGACUCAUCGUAUAAUAGGGGAGUACCAAUUCAAUUUAAGUUGGGUUACAGUCAAGUUAUUAGUGGAUGGGAUCAAGGUAUUUUAGGAAUGUGCAUCGGUGAGGGCCGUACCUUACAUAUUCCAAGUGAAUUAGGGUACGGUUCUCGUGGUGCUGGAAGCGUAAUCCCACCAGAUGCAGACUUAAUUUUCGAAACCGAACUUGUUGAUAUUCAAAGAGAAGCUGUUGACGAUGAGUUAUAG